AGAAGCGCGGCGCUGGCCGGGGGCCUGGCGUGGCCUGUGCCCUGGGCCCCUUGUCCCGGCUCCCCCACCCUGUGGCAUGUGCCUGUAGCGGCCUUGGUGGACCCUCGAGUACAACGGGAGACCCCCCCGAGCCCCGCGGGCGCUGGCCUCGGUUGACACCGCCGCGGGAUGAGGAGCGGGAAGGCCGCCUGCGCCCUGGGGACCGUCUGGGAGGCCGAGCAGAAGGACGGGGACGCCGAGCGGCGUGUCUACGAGCACCAGGCCGCGCAGGCCACUGCCCAGCAGCCCCCGGCAGGGGCGCCAGCCGAGGACGGGCCCCGCCGGCAGGGCGCCGAGGAGGCAGAGGCCCCGGGCGGCGGCAGGAGCGGGCCCGGGAAGGGCCGGGCCGGGAGGAAGCCCCUGCAGAAGAAGAGGAAGCGCUCCCCGCGGGGCGGGCUGGGCCGGGCGGACCUGGCCCUCGUGGGUCUCUCGGCCGACCACAUCUGGCUGGACAAGCCGCUCUUCGACCGGGCGGAGCGCUCCUACCGCCAGAGGCUGGCGGACGCGGCUGCCCAGACUGCCUGGCCGCCUGCCCUGGCCCCCCGGAGCCCCUGCACCCACGGAAGCCAGGUGGCUUGCCACCACGUGACCUGGGGCAUCUGGGUCAACAAGCCUGCCUUCGACCAGGCCGAGCGGGCCUUCGUGGAGUGGUCACAGGCCCUGCUGCUGGCUGCGGAGGGGGCCAGGCGGCAGGGACUGCCCAACACAGGCCAGCCGGCCUCUGCCCCCGGCCCGGCCCUCGCCUGCCAGCCCAGCCCUCCCAACGGCCAGCCCCCACGAGGCAGCCUGCAGGCGCUGGUGCGGGAGGUGUGGCUGGAGAAGCCGCGGUACGACUCGGCCGAGAGGGGCUUCUACGAGGCCCUGUUUGACGGCCACCCCCCCGGGAAGGUCCGCCUGCAGGAGCGUGCUGGCCAGGCCGAGGGCGCCCGGCGGGGCCGCAGAGAACGGCGGGGCCGCAACGCUGUGGGAGGCAAACGGGCCGGGCUGCGGCGGGCAGAUGGCGAGGCACCCCCUGCCCUGCCCUGCUGGUACUUCCUGCACCGGGACGCCGAGGCUCCCUGGCUGAGCAAGCCCGCCUACGACAGCGCCGAGCACCGCCACCACGCCGCCGAGGCCCUGCGGCUGGCCUGGCGGCUCGAGGCUGCCUCCCUGGCCCAGCGCCGGGGCCGGCCUGGUCCAGCUGUGCCCAGCCUGAGACCCAAGAAAAUGGCCACGAACUUCCUCAUGCACGAGAAGGUCUGGUUCGACAAGUUCAAGUACGACGACGCGGAGAGGAGGUUCUACGAGCAGAUGGACGGACCUGCGGGCGCCUCGGCUCGCCAGGAGAACGGCGCCAGCGUCAUCCUCCGGGACAUCGCCAGAGCCAGAGAGAACAUCCAGAAGUCCCUGGCCGGAGUGAGGCGCCGGCCCGGGGCCUCCAGUGGGCCUGGCGGGGACCACACCGAGCUGGCUGUGCGCAUCGCCAGCCUGGAAGUGGAGAACCAGGGCCUGCGAGGCGUGGUGCAGGACCUGCAGCGGGCCGUCGCCAAGCUGGAGGCCCGGCUGAGCGCGCUGGAGAAGAGCUCACCUGCCCACCGGGCCACUGCGCCGCAGACCCAGCACGUGUCCCCCAUGCGCCAAGUGGAGCCCCCCGCCAGGAAGGCGGCCACGGCCACGGAGGAUGACGAGGAUGACGAGAUAGACCUGUUCGGCAGCGACGAGGAGGAGGACAAGGAGGCGGCGCGGCUGCGGGAGGAGCGGCUGCGCCAGUACGCCGAGAAGAAGGCCAAGAAGCCCGCGCUGGUGGCCAAGUCCUCCAUCCUCCUGGACGUCAAGCCUUGGGAUGACGAGACGGACAUGGCCCAGCUGGAGGCCUGCGUGCGCUCCGUGCGGCUGGACGGGCUGACCUGGGGUGGCUCCAAGCUGGUGCCCGUGGGCUACGGCAUCCGCAAGCUGCAGAUCCAGUGCGUGGUGGAGGACGACAAGGUGGGCACGGACCUGCUGGAGGAGGAGAUCACCAAGUUUGAGGAGCACGUGCAGAGCGUGGACAUAGCGGCUUUCAACAAGAUCUGAGCGCGGGCCGGUGGGGGGGGGGCCUGCAGCCAUUAAAGACAGAUUCUGCC